AUGGCCCUGGAAGCCACAUCAACAUCCGUCUCUGGCGGGUGGUUCGGCGUCGGCUGGCCAACGACAGGCGGGAUGUAUCCCGCAGAUGCCGUUAUCGCUAACAGCGCAACCUACGAGCCCAUUGACGCCUACACUCUAGCGGGCGACACGCCGACCGCCAUCAUCCCGUUUGCUUCCGUCCCGCUGGGUUCGCCUACCUACACUGGCGGCGUUGCCACAUUCUCCCGCGAGGUGGGCACGGGCAACAAGAUCAAGUUCGUGAACGGGCCCAUGAAGACCAUCUGGGCCUACUCCGACGGACCUUCAGGCUUGUUUGACAACGGCCAUGCUGCCCACCGAGGCACCGUCACAAUCGACUACUCCUGUGACGCCACCGCUGUCUCCAACCCCUCGCCGCCACCCCCUUCCAGCGCCAAAUCCCCGCCCCCUCCAAGCACCAAGCGCUCCCCUCCACCACCUGCGGGUCGAGCCUCCCCGCCUCCCCCACCAUCUACUAAACCCAAGCCGUCCCCUCCUCCCCCCUCGUCGGUUCCACCUGGAGGUGCGGCAUGCGCGUCGUCGUCGCUAGCCGGGUACUCAUAUCAAGUGGAGCUGAAUGGACCGCUCAUCCUCCUUCACUGGACCUUUGCCACCAAGACGCGCAUCAGAUUCGCCCUUGAGGCUCGCAAGGGCACUCUAACCAAAAAUGGCUGGAUGGCCGUUGGAUGGUCGAGCAAAAAGGGCAAGAUGAAGGGCUCAGAUGCUGUCAUAGGGAACCUGCCGGGUGUGGCUGCGGUGCACAUGAGUGGUUUUGCCAGGAAGGUGGGCACGGGGAUGGUACCCAUAAAGCUCAACGCCACCAACUACCUCAUCUGGGCCAUCAGCAGCACCGCCACCAAAACCCUCGCCUUUCACGGCAACCACCAAACAUUCUGCUCUAUCUACCCUCACAUCUGCCACAUGUUUCCUCCCACCCUUCCACCCUCUCAUGCACUCUCGUCCACCCUUCCACCCUCUCAUGCACUCUCGUCCACCCUUCCACCCUCUCAUGCACUCUCGUCCACCCUUCCACCCUCUCAUGCACUCUCGUCCACCCUUCCACCCUCUCAUGCACUCUCGUCCACCCUUCCACCCUCUCAUGCACUCUCGUCCACCCUUCCACCCUCUCAUGCACUCUCGUCCACCCUUCCACCCUCUCAUGCACUCUCGUCCACCCUUCCACCCUCUCAUGCACUCUCGUCCACCCUUCCACCCUCUCAUGCACUCUCGUCCACCCUUCCACCCUCUCAUGCACUCUCGUCCACCCUUCCACCCUCUCAUGCACUCUCGUCCACCCUUCCACCCUCUCAUGCACUCUCGUCCAACCUUACACUCUCUUGCCUUAAUACGGGCAGUCUUGCUGUGGAACUUACUGGCUUUCAAGAAGGCCUUCCUCCCUCUGAACCGGGCGGCCUUGCAGUUGACUUCUCGUGCUACAAGAAGCCCCGGUACCUCCGGGGUGGUGGGUUGGACUACGAGGAUGGCAAUGCAUGCGACCAAGCCAAGACCCCUUUCUCCUGUACCCCUCCCACCCUCUCCUCCUGCCAGGGGCGGCCUUGA